AUUAGACUAAAGUAGUUGGUGAGCAGGCGGAGGGGCGAGGAGAGAUAAGGGCCAACAGCUCCAACAGAAAAGCCAAGCAAGGCUGCUGCAGACUGGAAGGCCCUCUGUUUGCGAGUGCAAGAGAGAGGGAGGGGGAGAGAGGGAGGGAGGGAGGAGACCUUGCAGAGGAGCGAAGCAAGCAAGGUGGGAAAGAGGCAGCAAGGGCGGCGGGCUGCCGGAAGGGGAACAUGCUCCCUCCUCAUCUCACAGUAUGAACUGAAAAACAAGAAUAAAGAAUUUCCAUGCGAUGAGACAGAAUGGCACGGUAAUGAUUCAAUUUGGUCAUCAAAUGCCUGAUUACGACUCCCCAGCUACCCAAUCAACCAGUGAGAGCCAUCAAGAAGUGUCUGGAAUGAGCGAAGGAAGCCUCAACGAGCAUAAUGACCAUUCAGGUAAUCUUGAUGGUUACUCAAAGAGUGACGAAAACAAGAUGAUGUCAGCUUUAUCCCUGGGCAAUCCAGAAACAGCUUAUGCACAUCCAAAGCCUGACCGUACUCAGUCCUUUGCUAUAUCAUACCCAUAUGCUGAUCCAUACUAUGGUGGUGCAGUGGCAGCUUAUGGCUCUCAUGCUAUUAUGCACCCUCAGCUGGUGGGCAUGGUUUCAUCCUCUCGAGUGCCAUUACCAAUUGAGCCGGCCGCUGAAGAGCCCAUUUAUGUCAACGCGAAGCAAUACCACGCGAUUCUCCGAAGGAGACAGCUCCGUGCAAAGCUAGAGGCUGAAAACAAGCUUGUGAAAAGUCGCAAGCCGUACCUGCACGAGUCUCGGCAUCUGCACGCGAUGAAGAGAGCUCGGGGAACAGGCGGGCGGUUCCUGAACACAAAGCAGCAGCCAGAGUCCCCCGGCAGCGGAAGCGGCGGCGGCUCCUCGGACGCGCAACGCAUGCCCAUGAACGGUGGUGGCCUGUUCACGAAGCACGAGCACAGCUUGCCUCCCGGCGAUCGCCACCACUAUCACGCGAGAGGAGGGGGCGGCGCGUAGGGAGCCAGCCCCCCCAACUGGCAACUCAUCCUUGGCUUAUCAGCGAUUUCCACUCGGCUCUUGUCUAAACUGAACUGAACUCGGGGUUUCUGUCUCUGCAUCUGUAACUAAACUAGUAGGUGUGUCCGAAUUGGCGGGUCGCUCUGUUGUACUAGUACCUGGGACGCGCACUAGAGAGUGGAGGUGAUGCGGGUGCGGAAAGAAUGCUGUUCUUUGGUGACGUAAGCUGGACUUACGUUGUGUGUGUGUGUGUGUGUGUGAGUGUGACUAGGGCGAAACUGCCAAACUGGCGCCUGUUUCAUGUAACCUUUGCUCCAGGACGAUGACUGGUAUAAUAAGUAGCAGUAAUAACCAUUUUCUCUGUCA